UAAAAGCUGAGGUCGACCCAAGCUCCCCAAAUCUCUUACACCAUUCUUGUAAGUCUUUUCACCGGUCUUCAGUGCAUUCUAGUUUGGGCCCCUUAGCAGAGCGGGACACAAACAAUGGAGCGAAAUGCACUAGAGUAUAGCGACAACGAUAUUAAUGUGACUUCACAAUCUACUGUCCAUAUGACACUUUGUCUGAGGGGUGCAGCCCACCCUAUAUCAAGAGAUAUGUCGCCUACGUCAUCCAGAGCAAUCCCGAUCAGAACAACCUCGUUUGCAGAGAGGCGAGUCGAGAUGCCUUACAAUCCUACGAGCUUUAAUGCUGUCUGCGCGCCACCUCAAGGGAGAUCUGCGCCCGGGACAUUCAAUCGUACCAUUUCCUACUGGUCAUCUAUGCCCAGUGAAGAGGAAAUUCCCACCUUUGUGUUCGGACAACCCGCUGUGGGCCAGAUCAACACCGCGAAGACUCCGCAGCCUCGGAUUGCGGCAAAUGGAAAGCAGACUCCUGUACUCUGGGCUUGUGGUGGGUAUGCUCCAGAUCGCUCUGAAGUGGAGUCUGAAACGGAAUAUGAUCCGGCAACGAAGGCUCAUUUCAGACGGCAUUUGGGUAUCAUUGAUUGCAGCGGGGCUGCCCGUUCUCAGGAUCUGACUGGGCGAGAGGCGAGCAACCCUGCCCUAUUGGACUAUCAGAUGCAACUGCGCUUGCUGGAUGAGCAGAACAGGAGACGUUUGAAGGAGGCAAAGGACGUGCAACGAAUCGAUGCCCAGAGAUGAGGUGAAAGACCUGGCAGAGCAUCAACACGGUGGAGGGCAAGGGAUGACAACAAAAUGGACGCAGGCGGACCAGCUCUGUACCAUGAGCACAUGUGGUAAUGGUAAUGAAUCUUUGACGUGGCAUGAGUCUCUUCUUACAGCGUGUGGUGACAAGUUAUCGAGAGCUUUGUUAUUUGCUGGCUCUUUUCCCUUUUCCGCCCAAAUGCCUUCGGUGGAACCUGAUUGGCCAGAACCCGCUACCGCCGG